UAGCCUCCUCUACUUCAAUCAACUUCAACUUUAUUUUCCACUUAAGAAUUUAAUUACUAAUAAUUGCACCAUUCUUGUUCAUCCGGUAUUUCUUAGAUCGGUGGUAGUUUAGUUAUUCUUAUCCCGCAGAUAUACAUGCAAAAUUACUAAUAACUUUGGAUUCAACAAUUACCUUAGGUACUAGGUACUCAUAUUCAAGGUUUUCAAAGGCCAAUUAGGUACUAAAUAGGCAGCUCAUGCAUCCUGGUCCAGCACUCUCAAGAUGAAACGAGUGAACAAGCUCCCCCUGACCAGCGACUGUCAUCACUGGACGCGUCUGGCCGAAGUGCCUUGGGAUUUACAGAAGUACUGGCAGCAAAGAUACACCAUCUUCCCCUAUUAUGAUGAAGGCAUCUACGUUACCCAAGAUGCCUGGUUUGGCGUCACUCCCGAACCGGUCGCCAACCAGAUCGCCCGAGACAUGGGUUCUAUUAUUAGCAAGUCAAAGACCACGGUCAUAGAUGCCUUCGCUGGCGUAGGCGCAAAUUCCAUUGCUCUGGCCUUGUCUACAGCUGAAGACGGCUCGACGCCCCGCUGGGACAAGGUGAUCGCCAUCGAGCUGGAUGCAGCCACUCUCGCCUGUGCUCAGCAUAACGCUUCAUUGUAUGGUGUGGCUGACCAUAUCAUCUGGGUCCUAGGCGAUAGCUUCAAGUUUCUAGAUGCCUUAGUGAACGCGCCACAUAAACUAGAGGAUGACGUACGAGUAGACACGGCGUCUACGGCCGUGUUUGCAUCACCGCCUUGGGGCGGGCCAGGAUACAGGACCGAUGAAAUAUUCGAUUUGAAUACCAUGGAGCCUUAUAACUUAGCCCAAUUACAUGGCGCCUAUAGAACUAUGGAUCACGCCCUUUAUCUGCCACGCACAAGCGAUAUAAGGCAGAUCGCCAAGCUAGCACCCGAUGGGACCAAAAUCGAAGUUGUCCAGUACUGCGUCGAGGGUGCGAGUAAGGCCAUGGUAACUUAUAUACCCGCCACCAAAGACGACGACAUAUCUAUGGAGAUUUAGCCUUCUAGCCCUUUUACUCGCUUGUCUCAAUUUCGUCACUAGGUUGCGUUGCUCAGUUCAGUCCGCGAUC